CACAAUGCAACCCAGUCUCAGCGGGAAAGCAAAAUGGCGAACGUGCUGCGCUGGGGGAGGACGAGCCGCUUGUGAUUUCCAAAAUAAAAACUAACAAACACAUAUACGAUUGUGCAUCCCGGGACAGCGCGGCGGAGCUGCUGGCGGAGAACGGAAGCGCGGCGCGGCGCGGCGGUGGGAGGACGCGCAUUAUCGGUCCAGGCCGAUUGUUUUUAAUAUAUGAAGCGUUUUGACCCUCUUAAGUGACCGAAUGAGAGACACGGCGGAAGCCGAGAACCUGCCUGCCCAUCUGAAAGCGCAUUCCCGUAGCCAGCUGAAGUCAGCCUUGUCUCUGGCCAAGGUCUCAUUUAAGGAUGGGCCGAAGAGCGCCACCAAGCUCGCUAGCAAAUUUGAGGAGGGCCAGGAUGUCCUAGCACGAUGGUCCGAUGGCCUCUAUUAUCUCGGAACAAUCAAAAAGAUAAACAAACACAAGCACCGCUGUUUUGUUGUCUUCGAAGAUCGCUCAAAAUCCUGGGUCCUUUGGAAGGAUAUUCAGACAGGGGCCGGCGGUGGGGGUGCGGCAGAGAUGGUCUGCACCAUUUGCCAGGAGGAGAGUUCCGAGGCUCCUAACGAGAUGGUCAUUUGUGACAACUGCGGCCAAGGUUACCACCAGCUGUGCCACACCCCCAACAUCGACUCCAGCGUGAUCGGCUCCGAUGAGAAGUGGCGAUGUCGGCAGUGCGUGUUCGCCACCACCACGAAGAGAGGAGGCGCGCUGAAGAAGGGGCCCAAUGCCAAAGCCUUGCAGGAGAUGAAGCUUUCGCUGCCGUACGCCCUGCAGGACCUGGUGUGGGACCAGGGGCACAAGACCAACCUGCAGCAGUGUUACUGCUACUGCGGGGGGCCCGGGGACUGGUAUCUGAAGAUGCUGCAGUGCAAUCAGUGCAAACAGUGGUUCCACGAGGCGUGUAUCCAGUGCUUUCAGAAGCCCAUGCUGUUCGGAGACAGGUUCUAUCUAUUUAUUUGUUCAGUUUGCAAUUCUGGACCGGAGUACCUCAAACGUCUUCCCCUGCAGUGGGCAGACGUGGCUCAUCUGAGCCUUUACAACCUCAGCGUCAUUCACAAAAAGAAAUACUUUGAUUCUGAGCUGGAACUUAUGACCUACAUCAACGAAAACUGGGACAGACUACAGCUUGGGGAGCUUGGGGACACUCCUAAAUCAGAGAGAUACGACAGCAUCUUGGAAGCGUUGAAUAGCAACCACACCAUGUUCAUGUCUGGGAAAGAGAUAAAGAAGAAGAAGCAUCUGUUCGGACUGCGGAUCCGCUUCCCACCGGCACCCAAGAACACGGACCUCCAGGCUGACCGCGAGCCAGAGAAAGCGUCUCAUGAAAUCAAGAUAAAGGGCCGCAAGUCCACCAAACCCAUCCUGGUGCCCAGUGAGAUGAUCAAUGGGGUGACAAAGAAGGGGAAGAGGAAGCGUGCCGGCCAUUCACUGGAGACCCUGGCCAAGCUGAGGAGGUCCAGCGAGCUUCUCACUCAGGAAGAAGUUAAGCCCUCAACGCUGGAGAACAGCCCACUGCACCUACUGGCCCCUAAGAGUGGCAAGACUGAGAAAUCAGCACCUUCUUCAAGUACCUCAGACGUGGAGUCCGUCGGUGCUGUGAGCACCAGUGAAACUACCUCAACCAGCGUUUCCGUGCAGUCCAGCCUGUGUGGCUCCAGCCGGACACGUGCCGGCCGCCUGUGGCCCAUCGCACAGCCCACCCUACGCCGCGGGCGCAGACGGGGGCGGCCUCGCCGGGCCCUGCAGCCCCCCAACCCGGAGAUUCCGGUGGAACCAGAGGCCUCCGCCACUGCCGCUGCUGCUGCCGCUCCCUGCCCCCUGCCGGGGCUCCACACGGACAUUGUGCGAGGGCUGGACCAAGAGUCACAGCUCAGCCACCUGAAGAGUUCCAUCUCCAGUUACUUUGGCGCCGCCGGGCGCAUGGCAUGCGGCGAGAAGUACCGCGUCUUGGCCCGGCGGGUCACCCUCGAUGGGAAAGUGCAGUACCUUGUGGAGUGGGAGGGGGUCACUGCCUCAUAAGCUGAACAUGCUGUGUGUUUAUCUGUUUCUAGAGGC